AUGGACAAUAUGAUAACUAAUGCCCUUGGGUUUAAUACGCCGAUUUAUGUGCCAAAUGAUGUCGACGACCCUGCUGAUGAUGAAUAUGACGCUGAUGUUAACGUCGAGAGACCAAAUGAGGAAGCCCAGCGAUUUUUUGAUCUUUUGAAAGAGACAAAUACACCGUUGUGUGAAGGCUCUCGAGACUCAAAGUUAACGGUGUGUAUUAGACUUUUGGGUAUCAAGUCUGAAUGUCUUGUUUCAGAAUACACCAUGGACUUGAUAACAAAACUGAUGUUGGAUAUAACAAUAGACCGUCCUCUUGAUUUGCCAAAAAAUUAUUACGAAGCAAGACAAUUGGUUGCAAAGUUAGGACUCGGAGCGAAGAGAAUUGACUGUUGUGUUAACGGGUGUAUGUUGUACUAUAGCAACGAAUUUGGUGUAGAUGACGGUGCAUUACUUGAAUGUAAAUUUUGUCAAGAACCAAGAUAUCGUGUAACAAGAAAUUCACGGUCAGUCAGAAGGAAGCCAAUCCCAAGAAAGGCGAUGUUCUAUUUACCCAUAAUACCAAGGUUGCAAAGGUUGUAUGCAUCGAUGCAAACAGCCAGUAAAAUGACAUGGCAUCGUGAAAACUAUGAAAGGAGAAAAAUGUCAGAUGGAUUUACACCAUAUACUCAAGUAUCAGCCACUCCAUAUUCAUGUUGGCCUGUUCUGGUUACCCCGUACAAUCUUCCUCCUGAUAUGUGCAUGUCAAAACCUUACAUGUUUUUAGCCGCUGUAAUACCAGGCCCAUCUAGUCCAACUGUUGGUAUUGAUAUCUAUUUACAACCUUUGAUUGAUGAUUUGAAGAGAUUGUGGAACGGUGUUGCGACGUAUGAUAUCAACCAAAAACGAAAUUUCAAUAUGAGAGGAGCUUUGAUGUGGACCAUUAAUGAUUUUCCUGCAUAUGGGAUGUUGUCUGGAUGGGGGACACAUGGUAAACUAGGAUGUCCUAUUUGCAUGAUGGACACCAAAGCGUUUUGGUUAGAAAACGGUGGGAAGGCUACUUGGUUUGACUGUCAUCGUCGGUUCUUGCCUACUGAUCAUCCGUUUAGAAGAAAUAAAAAUGCUUUUGUUCAUGGUGACACCGAGACUCGUGAUCCACCAGAUUAUUUGACAUCCCGACAAGUCUGGAACAAAGUGAAAGAUAUUCCAAAGGUUGAGGUUGUAGGUGGUGUUGCAUCUAAACCGCGUGGUUAUGGACAAACACACAACUGGACAAAAAGAAGAAAAACGAAAGAUAAUGACAACGCGAGGAGAGACAUAGGGUUGUAUUGCAAACGUAACGAACUGUUGUUGGUGGAGACAUCUAACGGCAAACUUCUUAAACCUCGUGCAAACUAUACUUUAUCUCCUGAAGAAGCAAAAUCUGUUUGUCGAUGGGUAAAAGAAGUGAAGAUGCCGGACGACUUUACUUCCGAUUGCAUUUAG